GUUGCCGAAAAAAACCCUCAACCGAAGGGAUUAUUCUGAAUACAGUUGUAGCUUGUCAAACGGGCUGUGGUCGUUCGUUUUAUGAUGGCCCAUAUAAAAGGUUGGUCCAAGGUGGAAUCCCGGUUCAGUUAAUCCUACGCCCAAGAACGGUGAAGACGAGAAACUUCCUGUGGAAUCGUUUGAGAAGUUUGAGCAAAAACAACAACAACAACACAAACAUCCUCAUCAUCAUGGUCAAGUUAAUGAUUGUCCUGUUUGUCUGCAGCGUGAUCGUAGCAGCUAGCGCAGAUCACGGAAAGAAACAACACCAGCCACAGGGCCAUGGUAAACAGCAACAACACCACCAACAACCACAAGGACACCACCAGGCUCAGGGCCACCAUCAACAACAGCAGCAACAACACCACGGAAAACAACAGAUCGGAGGAGGACAGCAUGGAGGACAUGCUCAACCUGUGCCACACCAUGCCCAGCCAGCCGUUCACCAUGGCCAGUCGGCAGGACACGGACAUGGCAAGGGAGGCAACAUCCAUGGACAGCAGCAGAAGAAUCAUGGACACCAUUGAAAGAAGUGUGAUAAUAGCUUACAACAGUAAAAUGUAUCAUAAAUAAAAACAUCGAAAUCCUUUUUAA